GAGAUCGAUCGAUCGCCGGCGCCAUGGCUCGGGCGACGAAGUUGCACGGGCUACUGCUCGCGGUGCUGCUCCUCGCGGCCACGGCGGCUCCCCCGGCCGCGGCGGCGGCGGCGAAGGAGAAGGGCUCCGGCAACGGCAACGGCAACGGCGGGCCGGUGAUCGGCAUCGACCUGGGCACGACCUACUCGUGCGUGGCCGUGUACCGGAACGGGCGCGUGGAGAUCAUCGCCAACGACCAGGGCAACCGCAUCACCCCCUCCUGGGUCGCCUUCACCGACUCCGGCGAGCGCCUCAUCGGCGAGGCCGCCAAGAACCAGGCCGCCGCCAACCCGCUCCGCACCGUCUACGACGCCAAGCGACUCAUCGGCAGGCAGUUCGUCGACGCCGAGGUGCAGCGGGACAUGAAGCUGCUGCCGUUCAAGGUGGUGGACAAGAACGGCAAGCCGCACCUCGAGGUGGAGGUCAAGGCCGGCGACGUGCGGACGCUCAGCCCGGAGGAGGUGAGCGCCAUGGUGCUCACCAGGAUGAAGGAGACGGCUGAGGCGUAUCUCGAAAUUGGUAAAAAGUAG